CUUCUCCAUCGCGGGGUGAUGCUACAGGUGCUAUGAUUCAAACAGCUCGUAGCACUACUGGUGCUUAGAGAGCUGCUCAUUAUGCCAAUCCUUUCACACGCAAUCUGAGCGUUAGGGUCUGUUGUGCAAUCCGGCCCUGAUUCGGUGGCCCUAAGGACGCACAGUGAAGCUCUCGAACGCCUAGACCACUAUGACUCUUGGCAUUGCUCGAAUAAAGUAGUACUCUUUUGCAGGUGGCCAUAGGAUUGUCUAUUCAGUCACGACAUGAUGGAUUCCCCAUCUACUUCAAGCGAUAAUAAUCCGCGAAAGCGCGGUCGAACGGCAUGUACACGGUGCAAAACCAGGAAACAGAAAUGUGACAAUGAGUACCCGGUCUGUUCCAACUGUCGGAAGGCGAACGUUGAGUGCGAUAAAUCGCUGGUGAGCCGACAUCGCGAAAGCUCGCCUGGAUAUACCCGUGCCUUGCAGGAGCGCAUCGCAUAUCUCGAGGGACGCUUGUCUGAGUUCGAAUCAAGGCCGAGAGACGAACCUUCGGUCUCUUUUAGACAAUCUCAAACUCCCAUUUCACCCCAGGCUACUACGCGUCGCACUACUAGCAAUCCCCUCGGUGAGAUCGUUGGCUUUCUCACGGUAGGUUCCUCACUUGAUGCACCAGCGUAUGUCGGGUCCAGCUCCGGUCUAUCCCUCGCUGUAAACCUAGGUGAGAUGGUCCAAGCGACCGUAUGGAACAAUGUGUUGUCACCGUCUUCUGAUCCAUCGAGGAAAGCGAGCGGUGGACCCAAGGAGGUCAAUGGUGCAGCUAUUUCAUCUGAGGAAGGUGGUCCCAGUGUCAUAAAUAGACCUGCCAGGAUGGAGGACCUGACAGCAAAUGCGGCCGAACCACCGAACGAAGAAAUGGGGGCACGGAUACUCAAAGCGUACAUAAACCGCUUACAUCCCCGAUAUCCGUUCCUAGAUCGGAAAGAACUAUGGGCUCUACAUGAAAAGAGGUUCAGUCUGAGUGGUAUACCACACGAGAGGUUGUCGAAGGCUGAAAAAUUCGGCCUGUUUAAGCUCUAUUUGGUCUAUUCUAUUGGAGCAACGAUGAUGCAGCUGAGCGAGAAAUACAAUUACACCGCGCCAGAGCGGUUCUAUAUGACAGCAUUACGGCACAUGUGUGCGGUACAGGAGUUGCGAUCGAUUCAGAACAUCGAGUCUAUGGCUCUCUUAGUCAUCUAUCAUUUGCGGUCUGCAUCGAGUCAUGGUGUCUGGUACAUGAUCGGCCUUGCGAUGCGCAUAUGUAUCGAUCUUGGACUUCACCGUAAAGCUAACCUUGUCAACCUUGAUCCCUUCACGGCGCAAAUGCGACGGCGUCUCUUUUGGUCCGUGUACUAUCUUGAACGAGUGAUCGCAGUCUCGCUUGGUCGUCCGCCUAGUAUUCCCGAUAGUCAUAUCGAUCUCGAACUACCACUGAAUGUGAACGACGAUGAGCGCGACCCUGCCGUCCUUACUUCACAACCACCAGCGGGACUCAAGACAACACUCACAUUUUCGAUUUGCCUUUUCCAAUUACGGCAGAUUGACUCCAAAAUCCAACAUUCGAUAUAUAGGGCGGAUCGCGCUCUCCAUACUCUCCGACCUAAGCUGGACCGACUGUAUCUUGAACUCGAGGAAUGGAAAUCCUCCGCAACCUCUUGUUUCAGUAAUUCAGAGCUGGACUAUCCGAUGUUGCAUUACAACCGAGCUGUUCGGUUACUGAUCCAACCUUUCCUGCCGCUUCUCUCACUCAGUGAUCCGUACUACCACAUCUGUCUCCGCGCUGCAGGGGAGAUCUGCCAGGUACAUAAAAGAUUGCAUCAGACGCUCGAAUACGGGCAUUCCUUCCUAGCCGUCCAGACUGUCUUUGUAGCUGGGAUUACACUGCUCUAUGCCCUCUGGACACAUACUGAUCGAGUGUGGUCUGUACAAAUGAGCAAUGACAUCCGUGCCUGCUCGACCGUGCUUUUCGUCAUGGGUGAGCGUGCAGGAUGGGUGAAGAAAUACCGCGAUGCCUUCGAACUGCUCAUAAACGCAGCGAUGGAAAAGCUACAAGGUGACGAAGCGCUACGAGCCCUUGGAAUGGCGCAGAUGAUGGUUGCACAACAUGGCGGUGGUGAUUUCAGCAGGAUGUCGAACACUAUGCCUAACAGUGAAAAUGUGUCGCAGUCCGAUAUUGGAGCGACCUACACCUCGCAGGCGAUGCCAGCAUCCGGUAUCCCAGAUAUGCCUGGAGGGACGGAUGGUGCUAUGCGAAUGGCUAUGGAACUCGCGCCCUGGUUAGACCAAGGCAACAAUGUGCCUUUAUGGAUGCCUGAUUUCGAGACGCUAGAGAACUUGACUAGCGGCCCGUAGUACAUACAGGAUGCACGAUCCGGUGCUCUCGAGAGAGAAGUGGGCAGUUAAGAUAUCUGCUCUUUAGCUUGCAUGAUUGUGGUAAAUUCAUCUUUAUUCAUGUACUAGAAGUCCCUCCGGGGAUAUUUUGUUUAAUACCACUGCUGAGGUUCCUCUCGUCGUCUUUUUGGCUCUCUGGAAAUAGGCCAGUCAUAUUGGGUUAUAUGCGUGAGGAACGAGUCCCGUUCUACUUCCCCUGCUAGGGAAUUCCACAAUCUCGAAGAGACAUUAUGAAAUAUAUAUCACGAGUACAAAUCACGUUAUCAACA